AUGUCAAAGGUUGCUAAGGUUGAUAAUAGGGUUAAAGAAUACCUAGAAGAAGCUGGAUGUAAAAAAUGGUUUCGAUGUCACUCGCCUGUUAAUAGAGGUAGAAUGAUGAUGUCUAAUAUAGCCGAAUGUAUUAAUGGUUGCUUGGUAAAGGUUAAGGCAACUGCAAGUUAUCUUUAUUGUGUAUAUGAAUUAGGAAGGAGGUACAUUAUCGAUAUUGAGCGUGGCACAUGCAACUGUGGCCGGUAUCAAAUUGAUAAAAUACCUUGUCCACAUGCAUUUGCUGUAUUAAAGAGUAAAAAUGUAGAUGUAAAAGAUUAUGGUCGUUACUGCUCUGAAUUGUACAGGCCAAACAUCAUUGUCAAGACGUAUAAAUUCUUGAUAGUUCCAAUGUCAGACAUGAGGAUUGGAGUGUUCCUCAAUUUGUAG